CUCAAAUUUAUGAUUGGUUCUUAUAUCCGUCAGUCACGCUGCAGCGAACCAAGUUCUUCGGCCCGUACUACUCCCGUUUGGCUGUAGGGGGUGGGGUUUAGGCUGGAAGGUUCUUCAUUGGUCCGGAACUGCCCCGCUUGAGGCCCGAGCCCGCCCCCCGUUCGGUUGCCGUGGUUGCAGACCAGGCCCGCCCGCUUGUCCUCUGACAGCGAGCCUUAGGGCGGAGGGGAGCGGGUCGGUCGGUUCCUCAAGGACGAGGCUCCGGCGGCCAGGCCAGCACGGAGCCGUUGCCAUGGCAGCCGCCGCCGGGGGCGCGGACGAAGAGUCGCGCUCUGGCCGCUCGAGCUCGGAUGGCGAGUGCGCGGUGGCGCCGGAGCCGUUGACGGGUCCCGAGGGCCUCUUCUCCUUCGCCGACUUCGGGUCUGUGCUGGGCGGCGGCGCGGGGCUCCCGGGCCGGGCGGCCGGCGGGGCCCAGUCCCCGCUACGCUACCUUCACGUCCUGUGGCAGCAGGAGGCGGAGCCCCGCGAUGAGCUGCUCUGUAAGAUCCCCUCCGGACGGCUGAGGCGCGCCGCCAGGCCCCACCGCCGGCUCGGGCCCACGGGCAAGGAGGUGCACGCUCUGAAGAGGCUGAGGGACUCAGCCAAUGCCAACGAUGUGGAAACAGCGCGGCAGCUGCUGGAAGAUGGCGCGGAUCCCUGUGCAGCUGACGACAAGGGCCGCACAGCCCUGCACUUUGCCUCCUGCAACGGCAAUGACCAGAUUGCUGCUUCUGGACCAUGGAGCCGACCCCAAUCAGCGAGAUGGGCUGGGGAACACACCACUGCACCUGGCGGCCUGCACCAACCACGUCCCUGUCAUCACCACACUGCUGCGAGGAGGGGCCCGGGUAGAUGCCCUGGACCGAGCGGGCCGCACGCCCCUGCACCUGGCCAAGUCGAAGCUCAACAUCCUGCAGGAAGGCCACUCCCAGUGCCUGGAGGCCGUGCGGCUGGAGGUGAAGCAGAUCAUCCAGAUGCUGAGGGAGUACCUGGAGCGCCUGGGGCGGCACGAGCAGCGGGAGCGGCUGGAUGACCUCUGCACCCGCCUCCAGAUGACAAGCACCAAAGAGCAGGUGGAUGAAGUGACCGACCUGCUGGCCAGCUUCACCUCCCUCAGUUUGCAGAUGCAGAACAUGGAGAAGAGGUAGCAAGAGAGGCUCCCUGCCCUGCCGCUCCGCCACUCUCCCCCGCCCCACUGCUCUCUCAUUACAAAGGAAAAGCCCGGUGCCUGGGACUUUGUCUGCCGAGGCCCUCGCCCCCAGCUGCUGCGAGGCAGAGAUGCUCUCUCACUGACCUCAGCGCCACUCCCAGCUGCGGUCUCCAUCUUCCCUGGAGGCCGGGACAACAGCCCACAGCGUCUUCCUUUGGCUCCCACGGCGCCGCAGCCACGCCUCACUCAGCUCUGGCCGACGCGCUAUCCUAGCAGGCCUCACUCGUCCCAUGGCCUCCCUGGCAUCCUCGGCAGGCCCCAGACCCUUCUCUGUGUCUCCAACCGUGGGCUCGUUGUGGCCAGCAGGAUUUGGCUUAGGGCAGGCACCCUCUGGCCUAGGGGGCUUCUGGGCUGGCCCCGCACCUCUCACCAGCACUUAGAUUUAGGCUUGUCACCGGACUUUCAAGGAGACAUGGCAGUGAGUUUCUCUGGUUGGAAGGAGGGGGUUGGUGAAGCCUAGACCUUAGAAAUACAAGGUUAGGAAGGGCCCGGCUGAACCCAAAGCAGGUAAUCCCCAGCCCUUUUUCUCCAAAUCAUUGAAACACCAGCAGGGGGUCGCCAUUCUGCAGCCUAGUUGUAGUAGGUGGAGGAGCGGCCCCUAGGAUGGCCAUGUACUAAUCCCAGGAACCUGUGAACAUUACCUUAUAUGACAAAAGGGACUUUGCAGAUGUUAUUAAGUUAAGGGUCUUUAGACAAGGCGACUGUCCUGGAUUAUCCAGGCGGGCCUGAUAUAAUCACACGGAUCCUUAUUAGAGGGAAGCAGGAGCUCAGAGAGGAAGCAGGAGAUGUGGUGACGGAAGCAAGAAAUCAGAGUAACUCGAGGAAGGGGUCACAAGCCAAGGAAUGCAGGCGGCCUCCAGAAGCUGGAAAAGGUGAGGAAAUGGAUUCUCCCUUCAGAGCUUCCAGAAGGGACCGGCCUGCCGACACCUUGACUUUAGCCCAGAGAGAUCUCAGAUUCUGACCGCCAGAACCAUAAGAGAAUAAAUUUGUGUUGUUUGAA